UUGUGCUGUGUUUCACGUUAUUAUAUACUACUCUUCAUAUACAUAUACAUCAAAUGUCACAAUAACAAAAUAAAAAAGGACAAUCUUUAAUUUGUUUCCAAUGGGGGGUUCCUCACCUUGUGCUUCUUGCAAAUUGUUGAGGCGGCGUUGCACCAAAGAAUGCAUCUUUGCUCCUUAUUUUCCUUCUGAUGAUCCUCGCAAGUUUGCCAUUGUGCACAAAGUCUUUGGCGCUAGCAAUGUCAGCAAAAUGCUUCAGGAACUUCCAAUUGAUCAAAGAGGAGAUGCUGUAAGCAGUUUAGUUUAUGAGGCAACUGCAAGAGUGAGAGACCCUGUGUAUGGUUGUGUUGGAGCAAUAUCAUACCUUCAAAAUCAAGUUACACAAUUACAAAUGCAACUUGCAGUGGCUCAGGCAGAGAUUCUAAGCAUCCAUCAGAUGCAACAAGACCCUUCUAAUAACAAUACUACCUUAUUACCAAGUCAAUUAUUAGAUCAAGAUUAUAGUGAAAAGUUUCUGCUCCUAUCAUCAGCUGAAAACAAUAACAACUAUGACUUUCUUCCCCAAUAUCUUAGCUUUGCUUCUUCUUCUUCUUCUUCUUCAAAUGUAUUCCAAGACUCUGAGCCUCUUAAGAGAGAGUCUUUUUGUUAACUUUAUCAAUGAAUUUUAUUAGUUCUGUUCAUCAAA